AAUCAACUGCAAAGCCAUGAAGUUGAUAAUUCACAAGCUCAUCAGCAUUUUACUUCCUCCAUUAGCCAUCCUUCUGCUCCUAUUUCUGUUUCCCCCAUAUCUCAUUUUCAAGUAUAUUAGCCAUAAAAUAAGAUCGUUCUGCAGAGAAGAUGUAGCAGGAAAAGUAGUUCUCAUCACUGGCGCAUCUUCAGGCAUUGGUGAGCAUCUUGCAUACGAGUAUGCCAGAAGAGGAGCUCGUUUGGCCCUUGUGGCCAGGAGAGAAGAUCGUCUGUGCGAAGUUGCCGAUAAAUCCCUUGAGCUAGGUUCACCAGAUGUUAUAGUGAUCCCUGCAGAUGUUUCAAACAUGGAACACUGUAAACGGUUUAUUGACAAAGCUGUGAACUACUUUGGUCGAUUGGAUCACCUAGUGAACAAUGCCGCCAUUGUUAAACUUGGCAUGUUUGAAGAUGUAACCCACGUUUCUGAAUUUGCUCCCACCAUGAACACAAAUUUCUGGGGUUCUGCAUAUGGAACCCAUUUUGCAGUUCCACACCUAAGAAAAAGCAAAGGGAAAAUCAUUGUGAUUGCUUCAGUUGCUGGAUGGAUGCCUUUGCCAAAAAUAAGCUUCUACAAUGCAGGCAAGGCAGCACUAGUCAGCUUUUAUGAGACGUUGAGGGUGGAAUUUGGGUCAGACAUUGGAAUAACAAUUGUCACCCCGGGCUUAAUUGAGACCGAUAUGGUCCAAGGAGAAGAAUUUACAUCAGAGAUACAAGUGGGUUUCAUCCCGAGUGAAUCAGCUGAAGCGUGUGCAAAGGCAAUUGUGGCAAGCGCUUGCCGUGGAGAUAGGUACUUGACAGAGCCAUCUUGGUAUAGGCUGACAUUGUUAUUGAAGAUACUUUGCCCUGAGUUACUGGACUCGAUUUGUCGUUUAACAUUGUUUGGCAGACGUCGGUCUUCAAAGAAAACAUCUUAGAUGUCUUUAUGUUUGACAAAAUUUGAUUCCAUCCAUGGAAGCACCUGGCAUUAGAACUAUGGUGUUAGUCCUGAUCUUAAGUAACUUGUUGCAGACAAAUGGACUUAGAGUUGUUAAAGAUUGGUGAAGACAAAUGUUAAAGUCUGGUUUUUCUUUUUUAACAGAUAUACACUUUAAUGAAGAACUAAGCUAAAAGAGCCCCUUUCCAGAAAAAAACUCUCUCCCUCACUGAUAUUUUCUUUGUUGUUUCUGGUUUUCUUGGAGAAGUUGCAGAUCACCAUUGAAACCAAUAGUUUUGCUUCAAAUUUUAUUUCUUUAGCAGUGUUUUCUUUUCAAGCAUAGCUAUUAUAAGAUCCUUGAACGUGUUGCAUCUUCUAGUUUUCUAUUACAUAUACACUUACCAUGAAUUGGUUUCCCUUACCUUUUAGUGACAGAGGAUUAAUGAUGAUACAAAAUUAUCGAUGAUUUCAACAAUACAAGUGAUCCUAUUAAGAGAUGUUCAUCAGGUCUGACUAGAAAAGUUGAAUUUUUACUGUGAUUCUUGGAUUCACAAUAUUAAUUCUCGAAAGCUUCAUAUUUGGAAGGAACCUUUUGCAUGAACAUUUAAGACCACACCUUACAAGGCUAUAAUCGGUGAGAUCGUACACUAGGGUUAGGACAAGGCAGUCAACGCAGAAGCUAACGUACGGCGCCAGCUGCCACUUGGAAAGCUCGUCCUUGCGGACCAUGUCUAAACCCCAAGUCAAGUAAUUAUCCAAUUUAAUUAUUAUGUAUUGGUACGUGUUGAAUUCCCUACAUGCAGCACUGCUACGUUGCAAACGGCUAGGGCCUUCAGAUUCAGAGCUAUGAAAAUUUAGUUCCACCCUCUUUAACACUAGCUCUAGUGUCUAUGUUUAAUUCCUUCUCAACGAUAUUUCAGAGAAGCUAUGGAUUUGAUCGAUAAGUUCAUGAAUGGAAUCGUUGCUACUAUAACCUUAUCGCACUCUUCUUCUUUCUUCAUCAUUAUCGGUUUUUCAAGUUCCUUAUCUCCACUGCAAGAACCUUGUUCAAGGAAAAUGUGACUGGAAAAGUGAUACUCAUCACUGGAGCAUCCUCUGGCAUUGGCGAGGUUUGAGUUGAACAAACCAUGGCCAUACGAUUUCUUUAUAAAAUAAUACUACCUUCUUUUUUUUUUUAUGAUUCUGAUUUUCUGGUUUUGAUUUUGAAGAAUCUUGCAUAUGAGUAUGCUAGGAGAGGAGCUCGCUUAGCCCUUUUUGCCAGGAGAGAGCAGCGUCUCCAAGAAGUGGGUGCCAUUUGUGAGAUCAUUGGCUCCCCUGAAGCUGUUUACAUUGUUGGAGAUAUCUCCAAGAUUGAAGAUUGUUAACGGUUUGUUGAUGCCACUGUAAACCACUUUGGGCAUUGUAAGCAUAGAACGAGAAGAUUUUAUAUAAAUAU